AUGGAGUCUGCUUCCGAGAAUCGAGGUCUUGACCUUGAGAAAGAGUUGACUUGUUCAAUUUGCACAGAGGUUUUAUAUCAACCAUUAACGCUACUGGAUUGUCUGCAUACUUUUUGCGGCUCUUGUCUUAAGGAAUGGUUUUCAUGGCAGCUUGUCUCCGUACAAAAUGCCCAAACGCCUAUUCCGCCCGGCGGUACACCAUAUACAUGCCCAUCAUGUCGCGCACCAGUUCGAGAUACGAAGCACAGCUCUACUAUAGCGACUUUGCUGGAGAUGUUCUUGGCGCGGAGUCCAGAGAAGGCCAGGACGGCGGAAGAGAAGGAGGAAAUUGCUACGAAGUACAAGGUUGGGGAUGAAGUGUUACCAAAAUGGGAGCAAAAGGAAAAGAGCUCAAGAGAAAGAAGAUUAGAGGACGAGGAUAGAAGACUGAUGGAGGAAGUAAGAGAUUUGAGUUUGAGAGAAGUGGGAGUGGGAGUGGGAGUGGAAAGUUCCGAGGCAAGGAGGGAAAGAAGGCGGCGGGAGCGAGAUGCCGAAAGGUCGCAUGGUUCGAGACGCCAUUCAAGUCGUGAAAAUAGUAGGGAUAACAGGAAUACAGAUGAUACGGAUCGACGAAGGCGAAGAGACGAGCAUUAUGAAAGGAGAAGAGCCAGACAAGGAACCUCUGUAAUGAGGGCGGAACCCGACCACAGCGACUCCGAAGGCCGAAGAAGGGGGUACAGCGAGGCUGAAUCAAUAAGAAGGCAUGAAGAAACAAGCCGGUCUGCAGCGCGACAGAUAGAACAUCAAUCAUCUUUACGGUCACUUAUCAGUUCUUCUGAUAUUGAUUCUAGGGAAAUGGAAGAAGAGAUUCUACGACAAAUUAGAGAGGAAGGUUUACUGGAUGGUAUUGACCUUGAGAAUAUCGAUGUUAACCAGGAGGAUCAGAUUAGCGAGAGAAUAGCGGAAGCAUUUAGACGGCGGCAACAAGAGAGAUCUAGGAUUGAAUCAUCUAGAAGGAGCGAGAGUGAUACAACGGACAGACAAAGACGAUCCCCUCUAAUAUCACCCACGGAUUCUGGAAGAGAAACGUCUGGUGACGAUGCUCCCAUAACUACAAGUCGACGUAGAAACCAUUCCUCUUCACCAAGGGCAGGUAGUUUUAGUAAUGAACAAAGCAGACCACCGCCAUCCAUAAGCGCAGUACAUGCAAAUCUCCUAGAGGUCGGCCCAAUAUCUGGAGGACGUAGAAGACAGAGGACUUUAAGCGCGCCACGAAGUUCAACAACACCUGUACCCGUAUUUGCACCCGAAACGAGAACUGCCGCUCUUUCUCAGGCCGAUUUGAGCGUUUUGCCUCGGACCUCUUCCAUGCAAACAAACCAACCUUUCAGGGCCCAUGCGAGGAGAAGCACUGACUCCAAUGUACGACGAAUGAGUGAAUCAUCUACAGUUAGAGAACAGCAACCACAAACAGGUUCCACCACACGACCAUCUAACAGUAACUUUGUUGCAUCUUCCUCAAAUUCAACACCAAGAACAUCAGGCAACAGUUUGGCAGAAAGAUCUCAUUUGGACGACAUGGCUGAGAUGCCUGCUCCAUUAAGCACCCGUGUUCAUGCCCCAGCAGACAUCUUCGUAGCCUCUGCUGUUCCUGCAUUCGUUCCAUACAUGGAUGAGUCAUUAGUCCCUGCACCGCUUUCACCACAUACCCCCACUCAUCUACCACUUUUCGAUAAAGCCGCUGCUUUGUCAAGUGGUAGCAGGCCAAGCUCUUCUCAUUCUGUUGGAUCUAAGCCACGAACAGCGCUCUACCCUGAACCAUCAAUAGCAUGUAGAAGAUGUCAGAAAACUCACAUAGAAUAUGAGCUGCACUAUAACUGCUCAGCUUGCUUGCGUGGCAAUUAUAAUAUCUGUCUAUCAUGCUACCGUUCCGGAGCGGGGUGUCUACACUGGUUUGGAUUUGGCUACUCUGCGUGGGCAAACUGGGAAAAUCAAAUGCAAGCCGGGAAGAUACCACAAGGUGCAGAAAGGCCACACAUGCUCACAGCAAAUCGUUAUCUAGCACCCAAGAUGACGGCUGGUGGAGCGGAUGGUCGCAAAACCCUCACUACAGAAGAUCCUCAAAAGCGUCUUCAAAGUGGUGCAUUCUGUGCAAGUUGCCAGGCUUGGACAAAUGAAUGUUAUUGGCGCUGCGAUAUUUGCAAUCAUGGUGAUUGGGGAUUUUGCAAUCUGUGCGUCAACCAAGGAAGGUCAUGUACGCAUUCCCUUCUACCUUUGACAUACAAACCAUCGGAGUCAUACACACCUCCCUUGUCUCCGAUGCACGGACAACAGCUUCCACAAUCAGCAACUAUUCUAAAAGGACCUGGUGUCAGUGAUGUGGGCAAUUUCAAACCUCUCACUUUCUCUACCAAUUGCGAUAUUUGCCGCUAUCCGAUUCAACCUUCUUCCACACGUUACCAUUGCUACUAUUGCACCAGUGCCGUUCCAGGCACUCAGCCUGGCGACUAUGAUAUAUGCUCGACCUGCUACCCAAAGCUAGUCACAUCUCGUCGAAUCAGCAUCGAAAAUGGCCAUAAUGGGUGGCGACGUUGCUUACAGGGUCACCGUAUGGUAAUCGUAGGAUUCGAAGAUGAUCGUGGUGGUCAGCGUAGAGUUAUGGUCCAAGAUCUCGUUGGUGGUCAUAGCCUUGACACUGAUCCCAUGCUUUACCCCUCAACUGAUUUUACGGCGCCCGAACUACAGAAAUGGAGUUGGGGACAAGAUAAUGAUACUUUUUUUAAACUCGUCACGACCGAUCCAUCUAAAACUGCACCAACAUCAGUCCCAGGUUUAACAAUUGAGCAAUCAUUCCCGCCUGACGGUGGAAUCGGGAUGUCGAGUUUGGCGAUUUGGAGUUGGUGGCCUGCGGACGGGGCGAGUGAUGAAUUAAUGUUUCCAAAAGGGGCCGAAGUAAGGGAGUGUAAGGAUGUUAAUGGAGAUUGGUUUUGGGGAUGCUAUAUGGGCGCAAAGGGAUUGUUUCCCGCGCCUUAUGUGAGGGUCUUGGAAGACGCAGGUGCUGUUAAUUAA